AUGGCUUGGGAAGAUGUCGCUCUCAAACAAAAGACCCGCGUAUCGGAUGCGAUCCCUACGGAAUGGCGUUUGAAGUCCCUUCCGUCGACAGACUCUGUCAUGGAUGUUCCCAAAGAAAGCGGCAUCCUCACUCCUGAGGAACUGGCCAUUACGGAAUCAUUUGCCGCCGAUCUGGUGAAAGACCUAGCGGUCGGGAAACUGUCUUCUGUAGCUGUUACAACUGCCUUUUGCAAGAGAGCUGCCUUGGCGCAUCAACUGGUCAACUGUCUGCAUGACUUUCUUCCCGACUUUGCGCUUGCGAGAGCAAAGUACUUGGACGAAUACCUUGCUACACAUAAAAAACCGAUUGGUCCAUUGCACGGGUUGCCCAUUUCGUUGAAGGAUCAAUGCCGUAUCAAGGGCUUUGAAACCACAAUGGGAUACGCGGGAUGGAUUGGCAAGAUUGAUUCAGAAAACUCGGUUCUCGUCGACUUGCUCGACAAGGCCGGGGCUGUCUUUUACGUCAAGACAAGCGUCCCGCAAAGUCUAAUGGUUUGCGAGACCGUGAACAAUGUGUUUGGUCGUACCGUAAACCCUCGAAAUAAGAACUGGUCCUGCGGAGGCAGUUCCGGUGGUGAAGGCGCAAUAAUCGGUUUUCGCGGUGGUGUCAUCGGCGGCUCUAUUCGAGUUCCAGCUGCUUUUAACGCCGUGUAUGGCAUUCGUCCUAGCCAUGGCCGCUUGCCCUACGCCAAGUUGGCGAACAGCAUGGAAGGCCAAGAGACAAUCCAUAGUGUAUGCGGUCCUCUUGCACAUUCCGUCGGAGACUUGCGUCUAUUCAUGGCGUCUGUUCUUGAGCAACAGCCGUGGAACUUUGACUCCAAGGUUGUUCCUAUGCCUUGGCGACAGGCCGAGGAGGAGUCUAUCAGGGUAAAGAUUUCAUCGGGAGGGCUCACAGUGGGAUUUUACUCCUGCGACGGCAAUGUUACGCCACACCCCCCUAUUCAAAGGGCAGUACAAACAGUCGUAGACAAACUCAAAGGCGCAGGCCACACCAUCCUCUCCUGGGAACCGUACAAGCAUCCCUUCGCAGUAGAUCUAGCCAAUCGAGUCUACGCAUCCGACGGCGGUACCGAUAUUUACGCAGCUCUCAACCUCUCCGGCGAGCCAGCCAUCCCCAACAUCAAAGAUCUCGUCAAUCCCAAUCUGAAGAAGCUAGACCUCAAUGAAGUUUGGCAAUGCCAGCUCGACAAAUGGAACUACCAAAUGGAGUAUUUGUCUGCGAUCCGCGACUUUGAGGCCAAGACAGGACGAAUCUUGGAUGCGAUUGUUGCGCCUAUCACGCCCACGGCAGCGAUUCGCCACAAUCAGUUCAAGUACUAUGGCUACGCUACGGCGAUUAAUGUGCUGGAUUUCACGAGUGUGGUUGUUCCGGUGACUUUUGCGGACAAGAAUGUUGAUGUUGGGCCGAAGAAUUUCGUGCCCCUGACGGAUAUGGACGCGGCUGUGCAUGAAGAAUAUGAUCCGGAAGUAUACCAUGGGGCACCGGCUGCAGUGCAGAUUAUUGGACGGCGUUUUACGGAGGAACGAAUUAUGGCUAUUGCGGAGGAGGUUGGUAGGCUGUUGCAUUCAUGA